CCUUAGGUCUCGGUACAGCCACUUAGAGAAGAUGACAGAUUUGGUGGCUGUUUGGGAAGUAGCUUUAAGUGAUGGUGUUCAUAAGAUUGAAUUUGAACAUGGGACCACUUCAGGAAAACGUGUUGUCUAUGUUGAUGGAAAGGAAGAAAUAAGAAGAGAAUGGAUGUUUAAAUUAGUGGGUAAAGAAACAUUCACUGUUGGAGCUACUAAAACUAAAGCUGCUAUUAACAUUGAUGCAGUCAGUGGCUUUGCAUAUGAAUAUACUUUGGAGAUCAAUGGAAAGAGUCUCAAGCAGUAUAUAGAGAACAGGUUAAAAACAACCAAUACUUGGAUAUUGAACUUGGGAGGUACAGACUAUAGAAUUGUUCUAGAAAAGGACACAAUGGAUGUGUGGUGCAACGGUCAAAAAAUGGAAACAGCGGGUGAAUUUGUGGAAGAUGGGACUGAAACUCACUUCACUGUUGCUGAUCACAGCUGUUGCAUUAAGGCUGUCAGUAGUGGGAAACGAAAGGAAGGAAUUAUUCAUACCCUUAUUGUGGACAACAGAGAAAUUCCAGAGGCUGUGGAAUAGCCUCUGGUUAACUGAUUAUGGUAGGACUAAGAUCAGGAAUUGUCAAUUACUGUGGUAAUUAUUUUAAAAUGUGCUAUUUGGUACAUCUAGUUUGUGCUGGGUUGUUUUCUAGUUUCUGUACAUGAAAUUAUUCUUUUUGAGGACCAGAUGAAAAUAGUUAUGUACAACCUCUUACAUUACCAGCUUUUUAAAAAGCUGUAUAUAUCUAGAAUAUAUAGCAUAUUACUAUGUGUGGAGAACACUGGUGAAAUAGAAAUUAUACAUCAGGAAAAAAAUCAUGCUAUAAUAAAAUGAAAGAUAAACAUUCAGUAACACUGAAUCCUUAACUGCAGGUGUCUGUGGAGGGAAGAGAAAGCCUGUACUGGGCACAAGAGUAAGAUGUUAAAAGCUUUUCUCUAUAAUUAUUUUUCCUAUUAAACUGACUACAGACCUUUUCACAUGCUGUUAAGGGGGGUGACAAAGUUAAUGAAAAGAUUAAUAAUGAAAUACAUAGUUACCAAUAUUUGUGUUACAGAAUUAAAUUAAUACUGAGUUAUGAAAGCUGUUCUUUAUUCCCACUAGGAGCAAGAUGUUACAUUGUGCCAAAAAUAACAUUCCUUUAGGUGUUCUGAAAACUGAUGCUGUAGUUCAGAAACUGUUUACUGAGAUUUUUCUAAAAAGAAAAGAGAAAGAAAAAAAAAUUCCUGCCAUGAAACCCCUUUAAAAAUGGCAUCUCUUAAAGCAUGCUGACAUAAGAACUUCCCUUUGUUCAGUACUAACAAAUCUUAAACCUACAAUUCUGUGUUUUCAUGGCAGUAAUGUGUGAAUCAAGAGAUAUGAGGAAAAAGGGGACAGAAAUGGAAAACAAUUGAUUAAUGGAAUAGUUAAAAUAGGAAUAGACAUUCUGUUUUCAGAAUUGAUGCAUAAUUUCUAAGAGCAACCUUUGGAUUUCUUGAGAACGAAACUUGUGUUAGAGAAUCACACUACAAAACUACUCUUUGCAAGAGCAAGCAUAACUAAUCUAAAAAAUAAUUUUAAAAAUCUCAAAAUAUGAAUAUAUUUAUCUAGAAGUUUCUUUUGUAAUGGUUAAAAAAAUUUCCACUUGUAACCUAAGAUUUAAAAAGUUUUAUAACUUAAUUUCUUUUGGACUUGUGAGUGGUUCCUAGCAUUCCAACUACUAGCUCAAGAGUUGCAGGUACAGUACAAGCAUCCUGGGAAUCCAUUAAAAAUUAUUUUGAAAAGUUGUAUUAAAUGCUAAUUUCAUCUGUGUUUUGGAGAUCAGACUGCUCCCCAUCAGCAGUCUUUACUAGAGCACAUUUCCACAUACCCAAGUGCUGGACUGAAUCCCCUUUUACACUGGAAUUACUGUAACAGCUCUUGGGCUUUUCUGUGUAUUUGCUUCCAGUCACUGCAGAAGCAAUGUGGGGAUACCUGGCUACAAGGCUGACAAUGUAAUCUUUAAAAGAUGCUGGUAAAGGUAGAUUAAUUGAAAAAUAAUUUCAAGCUGUAGCUUGAACCAUUU